CUGGGAAUUCAAGAGAUGUUCCUCUAUUUGCGGCGUAUGUUUCAACGAAUCUAAACUCACCAACAGUUCCCUGUAAUGUAAAUAAUAUUAAUAGAAUUCCGAAUGGUAUAAAAACUUCAGUUGCAAUGAGUCACCCCAUAUCAUCAUCUAUGAAUGUGAAUUCACCAAUCCGUGUUCAUAGCCCAGCUACAGCAACACCAGCAUUGCGUACUCCAAAGGAGGUGGCUUAUCGACUAAAAGCCAAUGAUCAAAUAUCAGUGAGUGAAUUCAAUUUAUUAACGCCUUCAAACAUUCCUGGUAAUAUUUCAUCAACGACAAAUACUUCAAACACAAUGUCGCCCAAAAGUGUGGAUACAAUCGAUAGUACAAUAAGUCAUGAUGGAAAUUCAAAUGGCACUACUUGUUUAAUUGGUACUACUAAUGGCAAUAUAACACAUCUGAAUACAAUGAUUCCCGAACGUGACACAAAUGGGCAGUCGAUGAAUGCAAAUAUAAAAAUGAAGUCAUGGAACUGCAAAUCAAUUCCACAUCGAUCAAUCGCCGGACCAGCCAAGCUAACGAUACAAAGCAUUCCCGUGAAAUCACAGCCGCCAAUGCUUAGUUCGAAUUUAAGCAGUCAGCGCAAAUUAGUGCAUGCCAAUUUAAAUGAAAUCUCAAUGAUGAAUGGCAUCAAUAAUGUACAAAACCGCAGUAACACCAACAACAGUAAUUAUAACACUGUGAAUGCAUCGACAGUGACACAAAAUACAGAAAUUUCACAGAACUUAUUGAAUCAUCAAAAGAAUACGAUAAUUAUGCGCUCACAUCAUCAUGGUGGCACAAACGAAUUGGCACGGAACCUACAGUGUAUGCAGGAAUGUCAUGAUUCUUCCGACGAAAAUCGAUCUUCAGGUCAUGCAAGUAUGUCUGAUACUGGACACGGAAGCAGUUCACCUGGCUGUGCAUUAGGUCCAUUACCAGAAGAUCGUUUGGCGGCUGGAGUGACGAAUCGAAGUACAAGAUCAAGUACAAGUGCAGGUCAUUUACGAGUGAGACAUAGAUCGACACCAGCAAAAGGACCAUGGAACGGAAAUGGUGGUCUUGAAGAUAUAAAGUUAGCAAUACAACAGUUAACAAUACGCUCGCAAACAAGCACUAGCACAUACAGCAGCUUGAGUGCCAGUUCCGAAAUGGAACCUCGUCGUUUGGGACGAUAUUCUUCAUUAGAAACGGUUAACACAAAUAUAACUAGUGCUGAUGAAUUUGUCUGGAUUGAUUCUCAUAACAGACUUGUUGAAUUACAACAUCCACCAUGGAGCCAGCAUUGUUUGUUACGAGUCAUUCGAACUGGCCGAUGUCGUGAUCAUUCAGAACGAAUUUCACUUGAAACCAUUCCACGACUCGGUUAUUUGCUACAGAGAGCGCUUGUUCGUGUUGCCAGAGAAAUUCAACGUUUAUCAACUGGAUUCGGUUUGUGCUCGAAACAUGAAGUAGCUGGUGCUUUCAAAAUUGUUCUUUGUCCAGCAUUGGCUGAUUCAUGUAUCAAAGCAUGUCUGAGAGCAGCUGCAAUGUUUGGAGUGCCGAGUGACAGCUCGUUGCGCCAAAGUAAAUCAUCACGAGCUGGAUUACAGUUAUCUGUUGGACGUUUUCAUCGUUGGAUGUCUGAUGCACGGUUAGGACGAUUCGUUCACGAAUACUCCGCCGUUUACCUGUGUGCCGGGCUUGAAAAUCUACUUGAAGAGAUUCUGCUACAGUGCAUGCCAUCCGAUUCAAGUUUAUCGUUAACAGCAACCGGACUGGAACAUUCAAUUGCUAGCAGUGGUGACUUGUGGGGACUUUUACAACCUUAUGCUCACUUGAAUGCAGGCCGAGUUGCAUCAGGUGCUCUUACAAUGCCGCGUUGGGCCAGUCAGUCGUCAAUUGGUUCAAAUCCAAACAUUCCGGCCAAUUCAAUGGAACCAUGUCUACUGACCACCUGUGUUGGUAACGUUUCUGAAUUAAAAGACCUUGUACUUCGGGCUCAAAACAAAUUCAAUCACACAGCAUUAUCACACACUGCGCUGGUAGCUCUGUUUUAUUUUAUGCGCUGCUCACAAUUGGAACAUAACGAAGAGAGUAAUAACGUGUCAAAUGGAAAUAGCAGUGUACAGGAAUUGUGUUAUGAGAGAGCGUACGUCGUUUUACCACCAUUGGUGGAAUGGCUUCGAGUUGCUUCAGCACAUGCUGAAUAUCGUCACUCACUCAUUAUCGAUAGUGAUGAUAUAAUGCAAGCGGCUCGACUUCUGCUUCCGGGUGUUGAUUGCAGUCCACGAAUUGUUGGAACUGACGAAGAGCUACCACCCAAACGAAGUGCUUUUGCGAUGAAACAACAAUCCCCAACUCAGUCAUCAGUAGUAUCCAAUUCGAAUAUUCACGCUGUUGACGACAAUGAAUAUGCACGAAGAGCAACAAUAGCUUUAGCAUUCCGUUUAAUGCUAACUGGACGUCCCGAACUCUUAAUACAAGCUUCAUCACUUUUACCAACAUCAACACGAUAUGACACACCAAAUCAAGCUGGAAUGACAGCACUUAUGAUUGCUUCUAUACGAAAUGAUGAAUUGGCAAUACAACAAUUAUUAGAUGCAAAUGCAGAUCCCAAUGUAGAAGUGCCUUCGAUUGGCCUAUCAAAUUGUCCUGCCAUUCAUCCGGAGACACAACACUGGACAGCAAUCACGUUUGCGGCAUGCCGAGGCAAUUACAAUGCAGUGCGUAUUCUUUUGGAGCGUGGAGCAAGCGUAGAGGGAGGUGCAUGCCUUAGCAAUGAUAAAUGUACACUUACACCGCUUCAAGUGUCAUGUGGAUAUGGAUCAGUGGAUAUCGUGACAUUGCUAUUGUCUCAUGGUGCCAAUGCAUUUUUAACUACUCAAUACAAGGAAUCAUUAUGUUUUUCUGGAACUGCACAACGUGGAUGCUAUAGUUCAAUAUCGGUUGCUGCUGCUCACGAUCAACGUGUCACUUUACGUAAAUUGUUAUCGCAUCCAUUGGCACCGGUUAGCAGAGAGGUGUUAUCAUUAGAAGAAAUGCUUGCUGAAGGAGAUAACAACACCAGAAAUCCAAGUGUUGAACGACAAAACGAAAUUCCACCAUCGAUGACAAAAACACAAAUGAAAUGUUUACAGGAAGCGAUGUACCAUAGCGCAGAAAAUAACCACUUGGAUAUAACAAUUGAGUUGCGUGCAUUGGGUGUGCCGUGGACACUUCAUUGUUGGAUGCAUGCCUUGAACGCUGCAAAUGAACUUCGACUUAACUCAGUUAUUGAUCAACUACUUCAGGACUUCCUGCAGGUGUGUCCUGAUGACUAUAGUUCUCAGUUCAUUUCGGAAUGUCUACCGUUACUCUUCAAUAUAUUUCGUUACAGUAAGAAAGAAGGAACGACGCUGUUGCUAGCUGAUAUAUUUGCGACGUGUUUUGGCUGGGAAGCAAUCAAAAAAAUUAAGGAGCCCGCACUUCAAUCGGCAAAUGGAUCUCGCAUUGAUCCAAAAUUUGUGAAUAAUCCCGAACUAAGUGAUGUUAUGUUUAGAGUUGAAGGAAAGGUAUUUUAUGGACAUAAAAUUGUACUUGUGACAGCAUCACCGCGCUUUCAAAGUAUGUUAAGUUCGAAGCUGAGCGAUGGAAACACACCAACUGUACAAAUCAAUGACAUUCGGUAUCACACAUUCCAAUUGGUCAUGCAAUUUCUAUAUAGCGGCGGUUGCAAUUCGCUUGAUGUUGUUGCACCUGGAGAUAUUCUAGAGCUAAUGGCGGCUGCAAGUUUCUUUCAGCUAGAGGAUUUGCUUCGAUAUACAGAGGCUCGUUGUUCACAAAUGAUUGACAUCGAUAAUGUUGUCGCAAUUUAUAUUCAUGCUAAGGUAUAUAAUGCUCUCAAGUUAAUCGAGUACUGUUAUGGCUUCCUACUUCAGAAUAUGGUUGCUUUACUAACCUAUGAUGAUUCAGUGAAGCGUUUAUUAUUCGCCAAGAAAAUUCCGAACAAUGAUGUUCUCAGUGGAUUACUUCAAACAUUACAAUUGCGUAUUAAACAACGACGUUCAACUCAAAAUGUCGGUAGCAAUGUCAUUCGUUCACCAGUCAUGGCAGUCAAUAAAGUGGUAAACAAUAAGCUCUAAAUGCUUUUUAUAUAUCGAAGUUCGAUAAUCGAACACGGCAAGGGUAAAAUAUUGGCGACAAAAAACCUUACAAAUUUUUCGAAUUAAACCUUAUAACUGUUUCAAUAUCUAUUAAUAAAAUCACACAAAUUUGAGAUCGUUAAUACAAAAUGUAAGGUUCAAGAGCUACAUGCCUAGGUGGCGUUACGGUUUGGAAUAAACACGCUAUUCCCCUGAAACACGCAAUUUAGUUUAUUUAUAGAAUUUUAAGAGCAUUUCAUCUUUCCAUAGCACUGUAAAACAAAUUAUAUUUCCAAAUUUUACUCAUAAGAACUAUUAUUACUCAAAGCAAAUAAGAAAAGUAAGCGAUCAUUCACAAACAUUCAACAUUCCAAAUCCCACAUUAACAUAGAAACAAUUGUCCAUUGUCAGUUCACAGUUGGAUUUAGGGCAGCAUUUAUGUUUUUCAGUCAUUUUUAACGUUACAGUGAAAGCAAGAAAAAUCAAAUAAAUAAAAUCAUUUAGACAUUUUUUUGAAAUUGACUUUAAUAAGUGGAAGUUAUUAAGUUUAAAUACCUUCGUUGUGAAUACUCUACUUUGUACUCACAAAAAUAGCAAAAAAAAAAACAUACAGAUAAGUAUGUUACUGUCUCGAUACAAAUUCUUUUCCGUUGCCGAGUUUGUUCAUUUUGGAUAUGUUAAAUAAAUAACCAAUAGGCAAAUGGAUCCCCCUUGUAUUCUUUUUGUUCAUUUUGCCACGUUUACUUUACGUAUCCUCAGUGCAUCAAUUAUGUAUGCUAUUUGAUGAGAAUGAUAAUGAUGUGUUUCAAUACAGUAAUGUGCGAAGGGGAGGGGGAGAGGGUUUACCCCCUGUGACAUCAAAAUUCUUCCGAUUUGCUGGGGAUUUUCGUCCGAAACGAAAUUUUUCUCGAUUUCCAAGGGUUUUUUGAAGAAAACUUUGAAAUCACCCCCCCUGGAAAAUUUUGCUCGCACAUUACUGGUUUCAAUAUGUAUGUCGCUUAUCGAAAUUCCAUUAAAAUUUGUAAUUUUGGGUUGGUGUAGACUACACCGUGUAGUUCAGUCGACUUUUUCAAAUUCUGAUGUUUUGAUAUUUUCCCCACAAUGCUUAGAAAUGUUAACCGUAAAUAUAUCUUUAUCUUUAUUCAAAAAAAAAAUAUGCAUUUAUGUCAAGGGGAAAACCGGUACUGAAAUACUAAAUAUACUCAGAAGUAUAGAAAAGUACCGAAAAGUACCGAAACGUAUCAAAACGUACCAAAUAGGUAUUCGUUUCAAAAAAAAGUGAAUAAUUUUUUCGUGUUUUCGACUGUCUUUUUGGUUUUACAUGGCAAGCUUGUAUGAAACUCUCGGAGACUCGGUAUAAUGCACAAAAAAAGUGAAAAAAUGUUUUUCGAUAUUUUUGUGCACUAUACCAAGUCUCCGAGAGUUUUAUAUAAGCCUGCCAUGUAGUAGCAGAAAGACAGUCGAAAAGACGAAUUUUUUUUUCAAUAUUCUCGACUCUCGGAGACUUGGUAUAGUGCACAAAAAUAUCGAAAAAAAAAAUUCACUUUUUUGUGCAUUAUACCGAGUCUCCGAGAGUUUCAUACAAGCUUGCCAUGUAACACCAAAAAGACAGUCGAAAACAUGAAAAAAUUAUUCACUAUUUUUUUGAAACGAAUACCUAUUUAGUACGUUUUGGUAUGUUUUGAUACGUUUCGGUACUUUUCGGUACUUUUCAAUACUUCUGAGUAUAUUUAGUAUUUCAGUACCGAUUUUCCCCUUGAUUUAUGUUAUGUUUGCCAUUGCCAUCAAAAAGUUCGUAAAUUUCUUCGGAGUGUUCGUCGGUUUGAUGCAUAUUCUUCACUCAAUAAAACCCUGGAAUCAAAAAAAAUAUGAUUUUUCAUGACAUUUUGAUUGGUCAAAGUUAUUUUAUUUGAAGUUUCUGAGUAUGUGUGAGA